UUAAAAUAUUGUGAUGAAAAUGCUAUAUGUAAGUUUGCUAUAAUGUUGUGAAGAAUGUGAUGACCCAUUUAAAUAAUAGGUGUCUAUGAUUAUAUGGAUCAUCAAAAUCUUGUUAUGAUCUUUGAUUUCUCAGAUUGGUGAGUGGUGGUUUAAACAAUGUCUAGCUUACCUGCAUGGUGGUGUGAACAUGACGAUACUUGGGGAAGAUGUUCAUGUAGGUGAUGAUAUAUAUAGAAAUGGAGAAGUUGUUUUGCUUCACAAGAAGAUGUGAAAGUGGUAUAUUUAGUGGUUUAGACUAAUCAUAUACACAUAUAUAUAAUAUUUGUAUAUAGUGUUUGUAUCUAAUGGUGGUGUGAAAGUAGUAUAUUUAGUGGUUUAGACUAAAUGUAUAUACAUAUAUAAUAUGCGAUGGUUUCGAUUAUAAAAUGUAAUAGGGGUUAGUUAAUUAUGAGAUGCUACGUAACAAAGAAAAAUAUGUAAUGGGGCUUGGAACAAAAUAGGUUUUAUUUAAUUAUAGGUUUUAUUUAAUUGUUAGAAGAUAUUUUCUUGUUGAUAUAAUAAGGGUUAGUUAUAAUAUUUAGAAUAUGUAAUUUGUUGGGCUAAAAAAUAAAAGGGUGCAACAACAUUUUAUAGGUAGAUUUUUUAGAACUCCUUCCCUUUUAAUAGUAUUGAUUCCCUUUGAUUUUUUUCCUUAAGAAAAAGAGCUAAACCGACUAUAGGGCGACCUCCAAGACCAAGAAAGAAGUAGUAUAUAUAUGUGCAUGUAUUAAUGUGUGCUCACACAAAAUAAACAAAACCCCUAAAGACGGUGAUGGAUAACAUAAAGAUGAAAGAAAAAGUUGGCAAAUCACAAAUCGCAGAUCUCGCUAUCCAAGAGACAAAUCCAAAGAAGAAACAAAAACUUUGUGCAUCACAAGUAACCUCAAGUCCUUCCCUAUCAAAGAUUGAUUUGGCAGAAGCGAUGAAGAAGCAAAACGACGUAUCUAUGUUCCUCGCGGGGAAAGUAAUCUCAACCCUAGCCAAAACCUCUAACUUGGUCUUUUCACCGGCAUCAAUAAACGCCGUGCUCAUCAUGGCGGCUAAUAGGCCAGAAGAAGAAGAAACACUAAGAUCCUUCAUCCUCUCCUUUCUUAGGUCUUCCUCAACCGACGAGCUCAACGCUGUGUUCGGUGAGAUCUGUUCUGUGGUUCUAGCAGACGGCAGUGCGAGCGGUGGCCCUAAAAUCGCAGCAGUUAAUGGAGUCUGGAUCGAUCAAUCACUCUCGGUUGAUUCCUCGUGGAAGGAUCUCUUAGUAAACUUCUUCAAAGCUGAAUUCGCUCAAGUUGACUUCAGUACCAAGGCAGUUGUUUUGUUUGAUUUUGAUAAUUUUAUAGCGAUAUACACUUCUUUGUUAAUGAUUGACGAUUUUGCUGUUUUGAAGGCGGAAAUAGUGCGGAAGGAGGUGAAUGCGUGGGCUUCACGUCACACAAAUAAUCUCAUCCAAGAUCUUCUUCCUCGACGAUCCGUGACAAGCCAAACCGAAUGGAUUUAUGGAAAUGCAUUGUACUUCAAAGGAGCUUGGGAAAAGAAGUUUGAUAAGUGUCUGACUAAGCACAAACCAUUUCACCUUGUCAAUGGCGAAUCAGUCUCUGUGCCUUUCAUGAGAAGCCAUAAGAACCAAUAUGUAAAGGCUUAUGAUGAUUUCAAGGUCCUGAGGCUCGGUUAUCAACAAGGCCGUGAUGAUGCCGACCGCCAAUUCUCAAUGUACUUCUAUCUACCUGACAAGAGAGAUGGACUGGAUAAUCUUUUGAAGAGAUUGACAUCUACUCAUGGAUUUUUGGACCGUCACAUACCGAGAUACAAAGAUCGCGUUGGUGAAUUCAGAAUUCCAAAAUUUAAGAUCGAAUUUGGGUUUGAAGCUUCAAAUGCUUUUGAUGAUUUUGAGCUAAAUGUGUCAUUGUACCAAAAAGCUUUCAUUGAGAUCGAUGAAGUAGGUACUGAAGCUGCAGCUGCAACUGCCUGCUGCGGAGGUGGUGGCCGUCCGAAGUUGAUAGAUUUCGUGGCAGAUCAUCCAUUUCUUUUCUUGAUUAGAGAAGACCGAACCGGAACUGUUUUAUUUGUUGGUCAAAUCUUCGAUCCUUCCAAAUCUGAUUAGGUCUUGUAUUAAUUUUGCUGUUUCUAGGUUUGGGUUUUAAUUUAUUGUUGUUUAGCCGAGUUUUUUGAAAUGUUCAUGAUUUUAAUUCACUUAGAUUUGGUU